GAAAGGUCGACGAAGCCGAAUGGUAAGAAGGUGACUACAACCACCACGACCAUUAUCAAGCACCCGCGGGUAACGCCGGCUUCGAAGGUUAUGAAGAUGCAGCUAGGAGGAGCAGGGUAUGGGUGUGUCAGGAUCGAAAUCGACAAAAUCGAAAAACUUGUGAUGCAUAAAAUGCAGGGCACUGAAGGCGUGUAUUGGGGAGCAGGCAAAUGAGACCGAUUGUAAGCCUGUUUAGGGGUAUGCAAUGUGCUGCCAGAGAAGCAUGACAGGAGCCGUCUACUUUGUCCAAACAGCAUGACAGACUGGAUUUGGGUGCUCCCGAAAUUUGUCAUGCGCCACGUGGAAACUGAGGCUCCAACUGGUAUCGAUUUAUAUACAUCACAAAUUUUUCGACUUUGUCAAUUUCGAUUCUGACACAUCCAUACAGGGGGCUCUACUAGUAGUGCCGCAAGCCGCACCGCCGCAUCAUCUUCUACUACGAGGACUCCGGGACCACGACGAGAGUUGUCGUCUUCGACGACCACUGCGAAUGCCAGAGCCGCCGCGCCCGCCCGGAUUGCUACUUGUGGUGAAAAUGAAAAUGAAGAAGCGUCCUCUUCGAUGGCCGCCCUGUUGUACUCUGCCAAGGGCGCACUGCUUCUAGAAGCAUCAUCAACAAGUGCAAGAACUUUAGUCACAUCGUCCCCGGCCGCUGGAGGACACGAUGACGAUGAAGCACUUCUGACUUCCGGUAGUUCUGCUGCCGCCACUGCCGAGGUUGAACAGAAGGACCACUACCCGCCCAAUACCAGCCUGAGCACGACGACCGGUGAAAACACCACAAGCGCCGGCGGCGCGCUGAAGAUCAUUCCUUCCGCGCCCGCCUUGACCAUCUUCACGGCCCCAAAGCUGCAAAUCCCGCAUAUCGCAAGAAAGAAGUGUUACAGUUACACAUUGUGUUGCAAGACCGGCAACACAGACAACCCUUCUCAUGCAGGAAAUGCUUGAGAGCCUCGCGUCCUUCCUGUUUUCCCUUAUGAUCUUCGCAUUACAAGUUUUCUCUGUGUCAAGUUUUCUCUGCCGCACAGAGAAAAUCUGUGAUGCAGAAACUCCAACAAAUGUGUAACUGUUGUAACGCUUUUUUCUCAUGAUCCCGCAGGCAAAGAAGCCAGUACUGAGCGGCUCUCCGCUGUUUCCGACGACCGCGCUGCAUCAAGAGGGGACUACUUCAUGUGGAGCAGAAGGAAAGGACGGUGGUACAACGACGAGGGCGCUGACGAGUCUUUCUGCCGCGUCCAGUACUAGCGGACUCGUCGGACGAUCAGCGAACUACCUUGGUGAUGAGCGCGGACUUUCUUCUAAAAACAGUAAGACGUCAACCUCGUUCAGUGCUGAGGGCAGUGCUCUCUUGGCACCCCCGCCGGUAAGUAGAUCAACUAGCGUUCGCUCCUAUGCAUUGCAAAUAUGUCUGGGUCUGGACGAAUGCAACUUGUGAUGCUGACUUUGGAUUCUACAAAAAUCUGUAUUGCAUGAACAGCAAAAGAGGUCCAGUGUUUGCUACUGCGUCGAGAGGGCAUUUCUCAUGCGGUAUAGGCAUCAGGAAGCCCUCAUAAAAUCUGUGAUGCUAGGGCAUGCGUCACAGAUCGAUCAGGAGUCAACAUGCAAAAUGUGCAUGACAGACCUGGCGCCUCCCUUCCAGACCCAGACAUAUUUGCAUUUGAUAGCCUCCCGAAGAUGUUGUUCCCCACGAAAGCGGCAGCGACCGCCGUGCCUGUUGGCAAAAAACUCCUGUUGAAUAAUUUCAGUGGCACCAGCACCGCGCCGUCUCCUUAUCAAAUGUAAAAAUGUCUGGGUCUGGAAACUUGUAAUGCUAAAAGUGAAUGAUAGAAGCACUGCAAUACGCAGCUAUGCAUGACAAAUUUUUUGGCUGCUAUGUCUUACGUAUUCCGCAUGGCAGACUGCGUUUUUGCAUGACAGGUAAGCGGGCCUUUUCGUGCCUAUGCAACACAGAUUCUCGAGUCAUGCCAGACAAGCAUGGCAGACUUGCAUUCUUCCAGACCCAGACAUUUUUACAAUCCAUACUCCUAUGGGAGGUACAACAACUAUUGGCCUGCUUGAGGACCCAUCUGCAGGAAGGUCAUCAACAUGGAAGACGAUGUCGUCCGUAGUUCUUGCGUAUCCACACUAAAUUUCCCGUACACGUAGUACAGAUGCGAUUUCUGCAUGACAAAACUUUCAUUCAUCCUAUUCAGCAUGACAAGCGUCAUGCUUCAAGUUGGCGAAAUUUGUGAUGCAUUUGGUACGUCGUGACUGUGCAGGAAAUUUGUAUUGCAUAUUGCGCCAUCACUGCUGGCGCAAGGGCAACAAGGCCAAGGGGACGUCGCUUUGAGAAGUGCUGCUCCUACUAGUACUAGAGCAACUGGCGUUCUUAUUAAGUCCACGACCUCGUAUGGGAGCGUCAGGAUUGAAAUCGACAAAGUUGAAAUAAUUUGUCAUGCAUAAAAAAAUGGACGCCAGUUGGAACCCAGUUUCCAAGUGGCGCAUGACAAAUUUCAGUGGUUCCUAAAUCCAGUCUGUCAUGCUGUUUAGGCAAAGGCGAGUGAUUUUCUCAUGCUACUUUAGCAGCUCGAGCUGUAACCCCAAACAGGCUUACAAUCGGCCUCACUUGCCUGCUCUGCAACACACGUACCUCGGGCCAUGCAUUUUAUGCAUUACAGAUUAUUUCAACUUUGACGAUUUCAAACCUGACGCUUCCAUACCUCGGUGGAGAAGAAUACUACAUCGAUCCCGGCGGUGGUCCGGACCACCCCGAUAAGUGAUCAGAGAGAUGAAGUAGCUGUUCCUGCAGCUGCUGUUCAUACCACUACUUCCACACCGCCCAGCACUUUCGAUGACGCUGCGCGUCGUGCCGCUGCUCUGGACAAGGCUACGAACAAUUUUCGGCAGCCAAGUGAGAUGAUGUUUCACAGCAGCGACGAGGACGAUGAAGACGACGAUGAAAUUCCCUCUAUUACCCUCGGGGGGAAGCCGAAGGAGCUCCUUCGUCACGCACACGACACCAAACACGGAGGGACGCAGAAACAAGGCCGAAGGACGAAAAUAAACUCGACCAGCAGAAGCCGGAGCACAUCGAGGUCGCCGACUAAGUAUGCACUGCAAAAGUAUCGCACUCGUAUAAAUGCACUACAAAUUUCCUCAGCAUGAGAAAUGAAAUUUGUAAUGCUGAUUGACCUUAAGCAAAAGAUUUGUAAUGCAAGAAUUGCAUUUAAUAUUCGAGUACAGUACUUUUGCACAGGAUACUAAGCAAGAGUUCGAGAUUUUCCGAAAUCUCCCCCGGAGUUUGAGUUUCAACUACGCAGGUGGAGGAUCAGGAGCGGCCACCACGACUGGAAAAACGGUGCAUGGUGGAGCAGGAGGAGUCAGUGCAGCUGCUGCAUCUUCAGCUGCCUCUACGUUCGCAGGUGGUGGUUCAUGUGCACUCUCAACAGCGGCCGUAACUACACCACGAACACUCGGGAUGAAGAACAUGAAAAAACAAGCUGCUGCUGCAAAUCAUGGAUCAUUGACGAUGAAUACAAUGGACGUUGCCGGGUCUUCAGCAUCAGCUACGCUGUCAGGGGGCGUAGCCGAUCACGUCCCAACAGCGGGGGCGGAUGUAAACAAGACAGAGCUGGCUCCUGGGCCCUCUAGUACAGGAGAACCCCCGGGUGGUCCGCGGCCCUCGGCUCCUCGCAGGUCGGCUGUUCAGGCAGAAGGAGCUCGUCUAGGAGGUACUAGUAAAAACGCAGCUAGUUCUUGCACAAACAGCAGAGUACCAUCGCGUCGAGCAACUCUCACCGCAUAUUAUGGGCUGAACAACAGGAGUAAAGUACCUAGUCGUGCAGCAGGAGGAGCUACUAGUACUAGUACAACUUUCGACGCCACCAGUCCCAGUGGCACAGGUGCAGCAGCUUCAUCUACCGAUAGUACUGCAGGAGCUGUACCUAUGGAGGCGUCAGGUUUGAAAUCGUCAAAGUUGAAAUAAUUUGUAAUGCAUAAAAUGCGAUACAAAAAGUGACUCUAUUGCAGAGGACCCACGGGAGGCAGAUUAUAGUCCUGGUAAGGGUCAAAAGUUGGACUGCUAAGUAGCAUGACAGAAGGCAGCUCUUUUGCCCUAAACCGCAUGACAGACUCGCUUCCAGGACCGGGAAAAUUUGUCAUGCACCGACUACAAACUGUAGGUCUAACCGGUAUCCGUUUUAUGCAUGACAAACUAUUUCAACUUUGACGAUUUCAAACCUGACACAUCCAUAGUACCUGCUGGUGUGGUGCGGAAGAUGAGUGUAUUGUGAGGAAAAAUCCCCCCUCCCCAUAUCGAAAAGGCAUGUUUCCGAAGAUUUGUGUUGCUGAUUUGAGGUCACAAAUCACGUCUGUCUUGCAAGAAGACACGGGCAAAAGCUCCGCCCCCAUUAUGGAGGCGAUUUGUCAUGCUGUUGGGCCUAAAGCGGAGCCGUUUGCCAUGCUGAACAACUAGACCGAUACGCCCCUGCAUAGCCUGGAGAUCUGGCCGCGAUGCCUUCCUGCAAUACAAAGCCGAUUUGUGUACACAGAUCCCGCAUCACAGAUUUCCAUUUCGAUAUGGGGUGGGGGGAUUUUUCCUUUUGAUAGAGUGGCGCGACGACGACAAGGGUGGCAGGGACCAGUCCGAGCUUGUCCAUAUCAAAUGUAAAAAUGUCUGGGUCCUCUGGAAGGGUCAUGCUGUUUUUGCAUGACACAGAAGGGCUGAGAUGGAAGCUCUAGCAUCACAGGUUUCGAGAAGCUUCCGCCAUGCCGAGUUUUUCGCAUGACAAAUCCCCCAAUUUGGUCACAGAAAGUGGGCAGCUUUUGCUACCUAUGCAUGAGAGAUUUUUCUGUGUUCUGCAAUGCGCAUCACAGGUUUGUAUUCUUCCAGACCCAGACACUUUUGCAAUCCAUAGUCCACGUCUCCGUACAAAAAACUAGUGCUUGCCGCUGUGCCAACUAGCAGUACUUGUAUUUCAUCUUCCCGAGGUCGGAUUUCUAGAGAUAGUGGUGCACAGACUUGCUCUAGUGCUACAACAUCAAAAGUCACAAGAGCAGCGUCUGGCUCCACUAGUACUGCCACUCCCUCAUCCACCUCUUUCGUCAGUAAUACGGCUAACCGGGCGGCUAUCCAGGAAAAAACACCCUUGGCCAUCCAUUUUUUAGAUGACAAACACUGCACAUUAUGCAUGUUUUGCAUGACAAAUUGGAUGGGAGUGGGUGUUUUAUGUUCCUGGAUAGCGGCUGUGCGCCGACGGCUCUCCGCGGUGCAGCGCAGACAGUCGGUGCCGACGGAGCAGAUAGCUUCGACUACCGUAUCAAUGUCUUCUCACAGUACAACCAGAGCUGGUCGUGCGCCGCCGACGUCGUCGCGUCAACAAGGGGCGGUAGUUUCUACUUCAUGGAAUAGCACAGCGACUGCUUCCCAAAGAAGGGCGCCGAAACAUCAAGGCGUAGAAGUAGUGGAGAUACGAACUACCAUGAGUGCAGCUGGUGGUCCGAAAAUAGAAUCUCCUGAACAAGAAGAAGAAGGUGAAGGGGAAAAUAAAGCAGGUGGUUCUGCGGAAGCUGUGCCGGCUUGUGUGAGGCAAAGUGAUCAUCACCGUGAAGUGGACGUCCUACCAACAGCAGUCGCGUCUGACAUCGACGCACCAUUCGACGCAGGAGCCGAUCCAUCAAUAGAUGGGAACUACACUCCUGCCACUGUAGCUGGUGACGAAGAUGAUCAUCCUGUCCAGCUCCAGUAUGCGUUGCAAAAGUAUCGUACUAGUAUGAAUCGCAUCACAAAUUUUUUCAAGAUGAACAAGAAAGAUGAAAUUUUUCAUGCUGGACAAGGUACAAAGUUAGAUUUGUAAUGCAUGCCUGACAUUUUUUAUUACUAGCUACGAGUGCGAUACUUUGCCGACAGGAUAUCCAGCCCGUGGAACCGAUUCCUUCCCCCUUGGGAGGGGAAACGAGUUGUUCGGACGCCGAUUCAGCAUGAUCUUAACCACUUGUUAGAAAUAGAAUGCUUGCGCGUUCUUGACUUGUACUUACUAGCAAUCGAACACCGAUAACACAACAUCAAAAUGCAACGAGCACCAACAGAAGGGGAACAAAGCAAAGUCGUGCCCCCCCCGGGAUUAGAAACGCGGGUCCGCGUUUGGUUUUUUGGCCAAUUUCUGCACACACACUUUACACAUUUGGCUUCGGGGCGAGUUGUUCUCUCAGGAGGUUCCUGGGCGCUCUUAUUCUUGUCCGCGGCGCCCGGAUGGGGCCAUCGGAGCCGGGGCAGUUCCUUAUUCUUGUCCGCGGCGCCCGGAUGGGGCCAUCGGAGCCGGGGCGACCCCUUAUUCUUGUCCGCGGCGCCCGGAUGGGGCCAUCCGAGCCGGGGUGGCCCCUUAUUCUUGUCCGCGGCGCCCGGAUGGGCCACCGCGGGCCGGGGAGUUGGGGUCUUGGGAAGUUGGGGUUUUGGGGGAGUUGGGGUUUUCGGGGAGUUGAGGUUUUCGGGGAGUUGGGGUUUUGGAGGAGUUGGGUUUUUGGGGGAGUUGGGGUUUUGGGGGAGUUGGGGUUUUCGGGGAGUUGGGGUUUUCGGGGAGUUGGGGUUUUCGGGGAGUUGGGGUUUUGGGGGAGUUGGGGUUUUGGGGGAGUUGGGGUUUUGGGGGAGUUGGGGUCCUGGGGAGCUGGGGUCCUGGGGAGCUGGGGUCCUGGGGAGUUGGGGUUUUGGUGAGUUGGGGCCCCCGGAGGAGGAGAAGGUCUGGACCCGGGCGGGGGAGGCACGGAGGCCCAACCUCCGGAGGAAGAGGUCCGGCCUCCGGAGGAGGAGGAGGCCCAACCCCCGGAGGAGGUGGUCUGAGGUCCGGAGAAGGAGGUCCGGCCUCCGGAGGAGGAGGAGGUCCAACCCCCGGAGGAGGAGGGCGGACCUCCGGAGGAGGAGGUCCGGCCCCCGGAGGAGGAGGAGGUCCAACCCCCGGAGGAGGUGGUCCGGCCUCCGGAGGAGGAGGAGGUCCAACCCCCGGAGGAGGAGGGCGGACCUCCAGAUGAGGAGGUCCGGCCUCCGGAGGAGGAGGAGGUCCAACCCCCGGAGGAGGUGGUCUGAGGUCCGGAGGAGGAGGUCGGGCCUCCGGAGGAGGAGGUCCUUCCAACCUCCGGAGGAGGAGGUCCUUCCAACCUCCGGAGGAGGAGGCCCAACCUCCGGAGGAGGAGGCCCAACCUCCGGAGGAGGAGGGCCGGUGUACGGAGGAGGAGGAGCUCCGGGGUCCGGAGGAGGAGGCCCGGUGACCGGAGGAGGUGGUCAUGGUUUGGACGGAGAAGGCCUUGGGCGUGGGAGGAGGUGGUCCGGUUGGGGGAGGAGGUGGCCGGGGUUUUUGUUGGUGCUCGUGAAAAUUGUUGGGUAUGAACGGUUUUCGUCCUUAAUUACAUUUCUCAACCCCAGCCAAGGAACGAAAAUACGAAUACGCAAUGACAGAGCGGUGCGUCAUACCCGAAGAGGAAGGGGUCGCAACCACCGAGGGAACACUGGUAGAGUGCGACGGGGUGGACCUGCGAAAAGAAUACAGGGACGCAGCGGCACAAGUGUGCACCCGCCGCAUGGGGGAUUUGAGCCCGACCCACUUGUUGAUAUGGGACAGCGGUCACUACAACGUGGUCAAGUUCAAGGCCUCCGGCUGGGUGAUUCUGGAUAACGGGAAGGCGAUGCGGCUUACCCGCCUGGGGCGCAGGGAGUACAUCCUCGACAAGCACAACGAACACCGAUGCCCAAAGUGUGGGGAUGUGUUGGACGACGCAAAGGCUCUGAAAUACCACUUGGCGACCGGGUUCUGCAGAAAAGACAAAACGAUCCACGAACAGGGAACCUUACGGGUGGCCAGGGUGGUAGAGCAAAAGAAAAAAGGCGAAAGGGAAUCCCCUGAGGCGGGGCCGGUCGACAUCUGGCACGACGGGAAGCAGAUCGCCUCGGUGGCGAGGUUUGUCUACCUGGGCACAGAAAUAGACCGGAACGCAGCCACUUCGUCGGAGACCCGACGGCGCUGCGCCAUGGCCUUGAGCGUGGUGCGGUCGCUGUCAAAGAUCUGGCGCGACAGGGAAAUCCCGAAACACCUAAAAGCCGCCCUGUAUAGAUCGCUCUGCAUCAGCGUGGCCCUCUACAAUGCCGAAACUUGGGCGACAACGGAAGCCGACGAGCAGACGCUCCGGAACUUCCAGAGGCAGGCGCUCAGGUUCAUCCUCGGAUACUGGGAGUGGCAGGAAGUGCCGCCAAGGGAAGAGAUGUGCAAGGCAUUGGGGGUGCAGACCAUAGAAACCGAGCUUCGGGAAAAACGGAUAGCGUGGAUCGCCCACGCCGCUAGAGAUCCGUACGGCGAGGGAUCAAUAACCCGCAUCGAGGACGAGAUCAAGGAAAAAACGAGAUGGGGAAAGCUGGCGGCGGACGACCUUGACUACUACCGGGUCAAGGUCGCCGACCUGAAGGCGCAGCGGCCUACGGGGGCGGUGGUGCGAGAGAUGAUAGUGCGGCGCAGACCCUUCGCUACGGUGAAACGGGAACCAAAAAAGAAGGGCCCUGCACCGGGAAAACCGUCAAAGAGGUCCAGAGAGAUGCAGGAAGAGAGGCGCCAGCGGUUGGAAAAACAGAGGGAAGAGCAGGCACAAGCUGCACAGGCACUAGUAGACGCCCUGUCGGGAAAGCAUUGGAAGCCAUCGGGUAGCCGGGCGGGUUUUUGGGAGCUAGAAGAAGACCCGCAGUGCGUCUUCGAGGUCAGCGAGGUCUUCUUCUGCGAAAACACGGGGAGAGAGGAAGUAAAUGUAGCCGGAGUGUGGUUCCAGAAGGAAGAUGAUGGCACAUAUAUCCUCCGAUAGGGAACGACUCCGAGAAGAAGGAAAAAACGAAGAUGAUAGAAAUGCACGCACAUCCACGACUCAAUCGAUUAUUUCAGACUACAAGGACUACUUUUUACUGAAACCGGAUAAGCGUAUGAACUGAACUGAACUGAACCCCAGCCAAGAAGGGCAGCCAUGUGCAUGUAGUUGCUUUUGCGUAUGUUGGCAACUAUAGCUGAACCAGAGCUGCAAAAAUGUGAAUCGCAAAGACGAAUACGACUGCUGGGAUUUGUUUUUAAUUCUAUGUUUAAAUCGCUCGCCUUCUUCGUCUCUUCUGUAUGCAAAUCAGAAACCGAGGAUUAAUAUUUCAGGUCCAGGAAAAUAAGUAAAGUAAGCAGAUUCUCCCACGUUUUCCUUUGUGUUUUUACCUUGUUUUUGCUUCGAGGAAAAAUUAAUAUGUGGAACAAAUGUUAGAUACGCUAAUGACGGGCAGGUGGAAACCGCGCUUCUAAGACGAGCAAUUCUACUGUACGAAUCUCACGAUCCAACUUUCCCUAUCGACAACUACUUUCGGUGCCACUUUGCUAAGAGAGAC